ACAGCUGCUGCAACCAACACAACAGCUCCAGCAACCACAAAAACAGCUGCUGCAACAACCACAACAGCUGCUGCAACCACCACAACAGCUGCUGCAACUACCACAACAGCAACUACAACUUCCACAACAGCACCAGCAACUACCACAACAGCUGCUGCAACCACCACAGCAGCUCCAGCAACCACCAAAACAGCUGCUGCAACAACCACAACAGCUGCUGCAACAACCACAACAGCUGCUGCAACCACCACAACAGCUGCUGCAACUACCACAACAGCAACUAAAACUACCACAACAGCACCAGCAACUACCACAACAGCUGCUGCAACCACCACAACAGCUGUUGCAACUACCACAACAGCUUCCACCACUACCACAAACACCCCAACAACUGCUGCAACCACCACAACAGCACCCAAAACAGCUCUCACCACUCCCACAACAGCACCCACAACAGCUCCAGAAACUACCACAACAGCUGCUGCAACUACCACAACAGCUGCUCCAACAACC